AGCAGUCACUCGCGGACACUUGAUAAGUGUAGAAGAGUCGCUGCUGCUGCUGCUGCUGUAGAGGGUGAGUGUCGAUCGAUUGUUGGUAAUUAGGCGACAGCUAUCCAGUUCCGGAUGGCAUCGAUCGAUCUCAGCAAGCUUCAUUAGUCCAGCGAGACGAUCAGUUGAACACUCUGCUCCGGGCGGCCAUCUGCAACCGUUUGGCGCACCUCGAUUAAACCACCCACCCAUCGGCCUUCGUGUUCGUGACCUGUCCUCAACCACCCUCAACGCGUGUGUGUGUGUGUGUGUGUGUCUGUGUGGUUGUGAUAGCUGGGAUAAAAACAAACACCGCGCUACAACCCCAUUUGUCGAAUCUAAUCAGCCAAAAAGCCACCAGAAGCUGAUAGUCCCGAGCGCUAACGACCGUGCGAGUGCGGUGUUGUGUGCGCGGAGUGAUUUUAUUGUUUUAACACACUUGGGGCACUGGGCUGCGUUUUUUCGGUGGCUACGCUUCGGUGGUGCACGUCUCGCCGCGGUACGGUCAGAAAAUGUGGAAACGCGCCACGGGACGGUUCGUGUUCGGUUCGUCGUGCUGGUGCGCAGUGCGGUAAGCAAGAGAGCGCUCUGAGUUCUAGUUCCGAUUGUGCAGUGGCCGGAAGGCAAGAAGAAGAGAUUUUUGUGGAAGUUUUUGUGCAUUCUUUUUUUGUGUGCAAUAACUAGCAUGUGGUACAGCUAGAUAACUAACGAAUUAAAAGUGUCGCAAAACGCGAGAGAAAAUACGAGUGUUUUUCCCUUCUUGUAAAACGGAGAAAAAACAACAACGAGUGAAACGAACAACAGCGACGAACCUCGAAAUUGGAAACAAACGAAACCUCAACUGAACGAGAAUCAUCAUCCGUUAUCAUCAUCAUCAUCACAGUUUCGGGCAGUGUCGCCUGGUGGCCGCAUUAAGAUGGGCUUCAGCUGUACGCUGUGUGGACUCGGUCCACGGAUGACCGUGUUUGUAAUAGGCACGAUCACGCUGGCAUUCUCGCUGCUAAUGGCCGGGUUAGCUACGACUGCAAUAUUGGCGCACAACUGUGAGAUCGAUAUGACGCAGUCCAAGGAAACGUACGGCCUGUACCUGUUCUACUUUCGCUCGGAAGAAUGUGGUCCAGUUGAUCUGAAAUACCUAGGCAUUGACGUCGGUAAUGUUAUAAACGUGCCCGAACUAUUCCCCGACAAGACCGAUGCCGUGGAGCGUACGUUUGUGUUUGCCAUCGUAUCUGUUGCGCUGCAUGGUGCGCUGGCUGUUACUACGGUCUUGCUGUUUGGUACGAUGUGCAUCUCCUGCCUGGGACGUAGCUGCGUAGUGGUUGGCUUCUACCCAUGGAUCCUGGCGAUGUUCCUCGUGCUGGCGCUCGAUGUCACCGGAUUCGUGACGUAUCUGAUCGACUUCAUCAACGUUAUGGAUCUGAAUGGCGUUAUCAACCUGCUAGAGGUGCAAGACUCCCCAGAGGUACGGGAGGUACUGGGCCAGGUGGACGAUAUCUACUACAUUGCACCCUCCCUCUUCAUGUGGCUCGCCUUCAGCAAAGCGGUCGUGUUUUGGUUCAUGUUCCUCCUAUUCCUAGCCGUCGUAAUAAGCCUCUCGAUGACGCUGUGGAAGGAAAACAAACCGGCCCCGGCGUACCACGACUCGAUGCAACCACGUCAAGUAAUGCAUCCCACCUCCAGCGCACCGGUCGAACGGCAGGACAUGCACCCGUCCGCGACCCGGUACCUCGAUCAAGCGCCCCAGCAACAACUCCCAACCGUGCACCAGCCGGCGCACGAGCAUCUUCCCCGCAUCUAUCCACCAAUGCCACCGCCCAACCAGCUACAGCUCCCUCACUCCGAUCCGAACGUACGGCGCAGUGUGGAACCGUUGAACGAUGCGUACGACAGUAGCAGCUUCCGGGAGGAUAGCAUACCGUACCUGUCCGUCCCGGCACACGAAUCGCCCAUUCCGAUGCCGCUGCACGUGAAGCAAACGGUCGAUCCGUUCCACGAUAAACGCUUCUCCUAUCUGCCGGGGCAACCGGCCCCGUUCUCCUACCUUGCCGGGCCACCACAGUCGGGCAACAGUCCGCGCAGUUCGGUAACGGCUCCGCCGGAGGUGCGCAACCAGCUGCCGUGGUCGUACUUCCCGGCGGCGGAUGACAAGAAGCCUGCCGGCAAGCGGUUUACGUCCACGCUAACCGAGGAGAAGGAUUUCCCGGGCGAGGAGAAACAGCUGCCAACGCACAAGGGUGGAGCGUUCCCGGACGAUCGGUCCAGCGUGACCACAGAUGAAGGAAAGUGGAGCGGUCCUGAGUACAAAUACUAGUCAGUGCAGGCCGGUAGACCUUCCGGUUAAUACGGUGGAUCGAGUUACUCCUCGCCAUGAAGCUCAAACAGAGGCUAGAAAGAUGGAUGGCAACGCAGUCUAGCUGUGCAGGCUGUUGGGCUAUUACUAUUUUUAUGUAAAUAUUUCUACCUAUCUUGUUUAGAAACAACAAAAACAAUCCCCCCUUUUCCCUUUUACAACACUGCGCACUGUGUGCUAUGGGAUGCUACCCAUUUCGACCGAAGACUCAACUAGAGAGACUUGGGCGCUGGGUGGAAUCUUAACGAAAACUUUAGCGAGACCAUAAAUACACUGACAGGCAAACUUGUGCAUCAAACGAGAGUAUUGAUUUAUGGUGAUACGUGUAGCGAAAAAAAAACAUUACUACUCUGCCCGUACGUGUAGUCCCCCCCAAAGUCGAUGUGUUAAAUGAGCAUUUUAAAAACAGUAAAAUAUACGGGUUAUGUUAAAGAUUGAA